CGUGACGUCACAUCCUGUUUGUGCUCUGGUGAGGAGCUGAAUGCCUGAAGCCUAAUAAAAAAAAUAAAUAAAAAAAAUAAAAAAACCCACCUCCAAAGUAGAUUCGUUAAGUGAAUUAGCAGCGAGAACGGAGUGUGAUCGGAGUGUGAUUGGAGUGUGAGCUGCGGUGCGCUGUGUGUGUGUGUGUGUGUGUGUGUGUGUGUGUGUGUGUGUGUGUAUGUGUGUUACUGGUUGUGAUCACUCAACUCACUCUGUGGCCUGCUGAUCCUCUGACUCCUUUGCCCUAAAUUGUGCUCACAUUGACACACAAACACACAUUGAGACACACACAAACACAGUAUGAAUGAGGUUAGUGUGGUCAGAGAAGGUUGGCUCCACAAGCGAGGUGAAUACAUUAAGACAUGGAGGCCACGGUAUUUUAUCCUGAAGAGUGAUGGGUCAUUUAUCGGUUAUAAGGAGAAACCUGACGUGUCCGAGCCAAACCUCCCCCCCCUCAACAACUUUUCUGUAGCAGAAUGCCAGCUGAUGAAGACGGAGAGGCCACGUCCCAAUACCUUUGUUAUUCGCUGCCUUCAGUGGACGACGGUUAUUGAGAGAACGUUUCAUGUGGACAGUAAUGCUGAGAGGGAGGAGUGGAUCCGGGCGAUCCAGGCUGUAGCAAAUGGACUGAAGACACGAGAGGAGGAGGAGCCGAUGGACAUAAACUUCAGUUCAACAGGAGACAGCAGCAUGGAUACUGCUAUGGCAAAAUCACGCAACAAAGUGACCAUGAGUGACUUUGACUACCUGAAGCUACUGGGCAAGGGCACAUUUGGGAAAGUCAUCCUGGUCAGAGAGAAAGCAACAGGUGUGCAUUAUGCCAUGAAGAUCCUGAGGAAAGAGGUCAUCAUCGCUAAGGAUGAGGUGGCGCACACAGUCACAGAGAGCCGGGUGCUGCAGAACACCAGACACCCCUUCCUCACGACACUAAAGUAUGCGUUCCAAACACACGACCGACUCUGUUUUGUCAUGGAGUAUGCUAAUGGAGGCGAGCUGUUUUUCCACCUGUCCCGUGAACGCGUUUUCACGGAAGAUCGAGCACAGUUUUAUGGAGCUGAAAUUGUUUCUGCGCUUGAAUAUCUGCACUCACGAGAUGUUGUCUACCGAGACCUGAAGCUGGAGAAUCUAAUGCUGGAUAAAGAUGGACACAUUAAGAUCACAGAUUUUGGUUUGUGUAAGGAAGGAAUUACAAAUGAAGCCACCAUGAAGACCUUCUGUGGGACUCCAGAGUACCUUGCUCCUGAGGUACUGGAGGAUAAUGAUUACGGACGGGCAGUAGACUGGUGGGGUUUGGGUGUGGUCAUGUAUGAAAUGAUGUGUGGUCGACUGCCAUUUUAUAAUCAGGACCACGAGCGUCUGUUUGAGCUUAUCCUCAUGGAGGAGAUCAGAUUCCCCCGAAACCUGUCACCUGAUGCCAAGAGCCUGCUUGCUGGCCUGCUCAAGAAAGACCCUAAACAAAGGUUGGGAGGAAGUAUUGAAGAUGCCAAAGAGGUGAUGGCUCACAAGUUUUUCUCCUCCAUCAACUGGCAGGAUGUACUGCAGAAAAAGCUCACCCCUCCUUUUAAGCCUCAGGUGACAUCAGAGACCGACACUCGCUAUUUUGAUGAGGAGUUUACUUUGCAGACCAUCACUGUCACACCGCCUGACCAGUAUGAUAGUUUGGAUGCGGAGGACUCGGAUGCACGCACACAUUUCCCUCAGUUCUCUUACUCUGCCAGCGUACGGGAGUGAUGGAGAGACCAACAUCGACACACACACACACACUCACUCUCACUCUCUCUCUCUCUCUCUCUCUCUCUCUCUCUCUCUCUCUCUCUCUCUCUCUCUCUCUCUCUCUCUCUCACCAGCAAACCAGAUAUCACCUACACCUACAGUCACACACACUGUCUCACCAGCAACCUGGACACCAUGCUAGCAUCCAUUCAUACACACACACACACCAGCAAACUGGAAACUGUAUAUAUACACACACACACACACACACACACACACACACACACACAUAUACUGUCACCAGCAAAUCGAACACCACGGCAACUUGCUCUCGGCGAUCAGCAGUCUGUUGACUAGUGAAGGCCUCAUUAAACUGAGCCUGAUCCAGAUUGGUCCUCCAGGUUGUCUGUUACACUACACAUACUUCACACCUUUUAAUAAAAUGAGUCAUGGACUCAUUGUGUUAAACACCUCAGAAACAGCAUAUACUGUAUACACACACACUCUCUUGUAUGCACGUUUUAAUCGAGUUUUUAAACAAGUAGAACUUCAGAUUGUUACAAUUUUUAAUACAGUGGGGAAAUGCACGCAUGAAGCCAUCCUGCAGUGCAGUGCAGUGCCCUUUUUAUGCCUUCAGUUGUUACUGUGGUGUUUCAACAACACAUACUGCUGAUCGUGUGUGUGUGCUGUUGUGUGAAUGGUGAUGUGUGUGUGUGUGUAUGUUCUGAAUGUACAUCUUCAAGUUUGUGUUUUGAUUUGAUUUUGUACAGGACCCAUAAUGUGGGUUGGGGGGUGUGAUUUCGGCCGUGUGUGUAUAUGUAUGUAUAUAUAUAUGUGUGUGUGUGUAUGUGUAUAUAUAUGUGUGUAUAUAUAUAUAUAUAUAUAUAUAUAUAUAUAUAUAUAUAUAUAUAUAUAUAUAUAUGUGUGUAUAUAUAUAUAUAUAUAUAUAUAUAUAUAUAUAUAUAUAUAUAUAUAUAUAUAUAUAUAUAUAUAUAUAUAUAUAUAUAUAUAUAUAUAUAUAUAUAUAUAUAUAUUACAUACACACAUGUAUUAUGUAUGUACAUAUGAGCGUGCACACACAUACAGUAGAUGUAUAAAGGGAAUUGAGGAGCUGCAGCUCUGUGGAUGAGUGUGUCUCUACUUUCUGCACCUGUAAGGCUGUAUCAUAACUGUGUAACCUAGGGGUCUGCUACAGAGGCAAGAAUUCCACACAGUACAAGCACUGGGAAGUUGUAGUCCUAGUUUCAUUGCUUAGAAACACCAGAGUCAUCACUCAGCAAGUGUAGCAGAGGAAUCAUUAAACUGUGCUGUGCAGAACUCUGCACAGCUCUGUGUGAUUGCACCCCCCCAACUGCAGCCAGCCUCCUGCUGUAAAACACCCAGACACUCAGCUGUACAAUUCUGCAGGCUUUGAUGUAAAGAGAUUUUUAUUAAAUGAGAAUUUGAAAUGUCUCUCUCGCUCUUCGGUCUCUGUGUUUAUGCUGGUUACUGAUCUCAGUUAGCAUGAGAGCUGAGUGAGUGAGAUGGAGUGAGUUUUAUGUGUCUUGUUUUAUUUAGCCUUUUCUGUUUGUUUUCUGAACAGAUCAGACAUUUUUGCUUCUGUUGUUCUUCAAAUCGUCUUGAUGAGCUCAAUAUAAAUAUAAUCUAUUCCACCA